GAUGCUUCACUAGCUGUCGCCUUCGAAUGCCGCUAUCUUCAGGACUUACUGAGGCACUUUGAUAUUAUCUAACAAUGUCGGUAUAUUUUGUGCCCCUGAAGCAUUUUAAGUGGGAUGCAGUUUAUGUUGCUUUUUAGUCGACAGGGAAAGCUUCGACUGCAAAAAUGGUAUGUCCCACUAUCAGACAAAGAGAAGAAAAAGAUCACAAGAGAACUUGUUCAAACCGUUUUAGCACGGAAACCUAAAAUGUGCAGCUUCCUUGAGUGGCGAGAUCUGAAGAUUGUUUACAAAAGAUAUGCUAGUCUGUAUUUUUGCUGUGCUAUUGAGGAUCAGGACAAUGAACUAAUUACCCUGGAAAUAAUUCAUCGUUACGUGGAAUUACUUGACAAGUAUUUUGGCAGUGUGUGUGAACUUGAUAUUAUCUUUAAUUUUGAGAAGGCUUAUUUUAUUUUGGAUGAGUUUCUUUUGGGAGGGGAAGUUCAGGAAACAUCUAAGAAAAAUGUCCUUAAAGCAAUUGAGCAGGCUGAUCUGCUGCAGGAGGAUGCAAAAGAAGCUGAAACCCCACGUAGUGUUCUUGAAGAAAUUGGACUGACAUAACUCUCCUUCCUUGUUGAUGACUUCUUGUGGCAUUUCACACUGUAGAUGGUCACUGCCUUCAUGUUCAUGUUAGCUAAUGGUGUAAGAUGAUGUCAGUAUUACUGUUUUGCUAAACCGCUUCAUUCAGGCCUACUUUUUUUUAAAAGGGAAUUUUGGUUAAUCAAGUGAUAAGGGACUUAAAUAUGAAUUAGAAUGGUGCAGAAAAAGAUACUUUUUUGGAUAUUUUAAAGUUUAUAGGUCACUUUCUCAAUCUGAUUAUGUGCAUAUAUGAAAACACAUCUAUAUACAUGUAAAACCAAGCAAUCAGGCAAUAUACAUUAAUUACUGUACUUAACAAAAACUAAAUUAUAUGUGAAACCUGGUUUUAUAAAACCAAAGACUAGUGCAGCAUUUCAGUAUAUGGAAGAAUAAUGGGAAUUGACGAGUCACAUAUCAAAUGAACAGAAACAUACCUUUGUUGGAACUUAAAAAACAAAUUUAUACCAAAGACUCCUAUUGGAAACUACACACCUUAAAACAAAGGGAAUAUAGAUUAUUAUAGAUGACUAAAUUGCAAUGACGCUGUUUUACACUAAAAAUUAUUUACGCAUUCUGAACCUGGGACGAGGAACAAAGAUUGUUUCAUAAUAGUGAGCACAUAAUUUUUAAGGCCAGGGCACAUCUGACUCCUGAGAUGAAUUUUUGGUGGUCAUAAUCAUGUACUUAGUUGGACUGUUUUUGAUGCCCCAAAAUAAAAUGAGGAAUGUUAAUUUACCAGAAAUUCUUCGUAACAAUAUCUUACAGAAAAAAUGUUGCUGUCUUCACAAAGUGUUGUGUGUAAAGUCAUUGUUUAAAGCACGGAUGUUUCUUCUGGGGUGUUAAAGCAAAUUUAUUUAGCUUCCCUAUUGCUUUCCUCCACGUAGAAGUGCUGCAGACUUUACAGUAGCUUCCUUUCCAUGCCGCUGCCUAGUUAACAGAAGUCUUUUAAGAAUCAAAAAAAGACACCCUUCGUAUAAAAAAGAGUUAAAUGAGGUAAAAUGGCAUUAGUUGGCCCUAUAUUUUUUAAAGCUAUAUAAUUGUUCAGCGUCACUUUUUUAAGUACUUAAUACAUAUCCAAACUGUCUUCAUGGUUUAUACUUUCACUUGUAUAUGCUGGGCUGGAUUAAGCUUUGUUGUGACUGUGACCAAUAUUCAGGCCACGUGAGCACUGUCUUAUCACAUCGCCAAUUAGUUGAAAUAAAUGUUCAACGUACAAACACUGUGGUAUGUUGUUAUCUUUCCAAAAGCUUGUCAAACUAUGAAGAAAGAAUUUCUAAGUUUUUUUCAGUAAAAUGUUGAAAAUCCCCCUCCACUUGAAUAUGGUGGUGGUUAUAAGCACACACAAGACAAAUGGUGGAAAAAUCUGAGUCUUCAUGUACUUACUUCAAGCUCGUUAAAAAAUAACAUGGUUCCAUGCUACUGAGAGCUUAUCUUCACAUUUAUUUUCAAUCAAUAAAUGCCACUUUUAAAACCUU